GCCAUCCGCUCGACAAGGACAAUCGCAACAAACACAAAAGCAUCACUACUAUUUCAUCCAAAGCACAAGAGUUCGCGAAUAUACUGAACCAAGUGGUAAAUAAAAUGGGUUUCAGGUUUUGGCAGUUGCAAGCAACUGUCCUUUACCUGUUAGUAGCAACUAGUUUCGCUCAUGAGGAAUUACGCACUUGUGAAGACAACGAUUACUUUGUAUGUUUAAACAGCGCCACGACCAAAUAUUCAAGCAACGGUGAAAUUUGGGUACGAGGAAACAUUGAAUUCUCAAAACAGUCGGGUUUAGAGCGUCCAGAACCUCAACGGUAUUAUGAUUAUGUUGAUCGCAUAGAAUCUCGAGACUAUUCAAAUGGGGCUAACAACCGUGAAGUUAAACAGCGCGCUGUUAACCAACAGGAGCGACUGGAAAACGUUAGACAUUUGGAUAACCACGAAGAACAGCACGAAAUUACAAUGCACUUUGAUAACCGACAGGAGUCACAAGAAAUUAAAAGACAUGUUGAUGACCGUCAGGAGCUACGAAAAACUUCAAUGCGCCGUGAUGAACAGUCAGAACGGCGAGAGAUUACAAGACGUGUUGAUGAUCGUGAAGAACGACGAGAAAGAUCAAUGCGCCGUGAUGAACAACCAGAACGACAAGAGAUUACAAGACGUGUUGAUGACCGCGAGGAACGCCGUACCAUUAAAAUGCGUUUAGAUGACCGACAGGAACAACGAGAAAUUGCAAGACGUGUUGAUAGUCGCGAAGAACGACGAGAAACUUCAAUGCGCCGUAAUGAACAACCAGAACGACGAGAGAUUACAAGACGUGUUGAUGACCGCGAGGAGCGCCAAGCCAUUGAAAUGCGUCUAGAUGACCGACAGGAACAACGAGAGAUUUCAAGACGUGUUGAUGAUCGUGAAGAACGACGAGAAACAUCAAUGCGCCGUGAUGAACAACCAGAACGACGAGAAAUUACAAGACGUGUUGAUGACCGCGAGGAACGCCGAGCCAUCGAAAUGCGUCUAGAUGACCGACAGGAACAACGAGAGAUUUCAAGACGUGUUGAUGAUCGUGAAGAACGACGAGAAACAUCAAUGCGCCGUGAUGAACAACCAGAACGACGAGAAAUUACAAGACGUGUUGAUGAUCGCGAGGAACGCCGAGCCAUCGAAAUGCGUCUAGAUGACCGACAGGAACAACGAGAGAUUUCAAGACGUCUUGAUGAUCGUGAAAACCGACGAGAAACAUCAAUGCGCCGUGAUGAACAACCAGAACGACGAGAGAUUACAAGAGGUGUUGAUGACCGCGAGGGCCGCCGAGCCAUUGAAAUGCGUCUUGAUGGCCGACAGGAACAACGAGAGAUUUCAAGACGUGUUGAUGAUCGUGAAGAACGACGAGAAACAUCAAUGCGCCGUGAUGAACAACCAGAACGACGAGAAAUUACAAGACGUGUUGCUGACCGCGAGGAACGCCGAGCCAUCGAAAUGCGUCUAGAUGACCGACAGGAACAACGAGAGAUUUCAAGACGUGUUGAUGAUCGUGAAGAACGACGAGAAACAUCAAUGCGCCGUGAUGAACAACCAGAACGACGAGAGAUUACAAGACGUGUUGAUGACCGCGAGGAACGCCGAGCCAACGAAAUGCGUCUAGAUGACCGACAGGAAAAACUAGAGAUUUCAAGACGUCUUGAUGAUCGUGAACAACGACGAGAAACAUCAAUGCGCCGUGAUGAACAACCAGAACGACGAGAGAUUACAAGAGGUGUUGAUGACCGCGAGGGCCGCCGAGCCAUUGAAAUGCGUCUAGAUGACCGACAGGAACAACGAGAGAUUUCAAGACGUGUUGAUGAUCGUGAAGAACGACGAGAAACAUCAAUGCGCCGUGAUGAACAACCAGAACGACGAGAGAUUACAAGACGUGUUGAUGACCGCGAGGAACGCCGAGCCAUCGAAAUGCGUCUAGAUGACCGACAGGAACAACGAGAGAUUUCAAGACGUCUUGAUGAUCGUGAAGAACGACGAGAAACAUCAAUGCGCCGUGAUGAACAACCAGAACGACGAGAGAUUACAAGACGUGUUGAUGACCGCGAGGAGCGCCGAGCCAUUGAAAUGCGUCUUGAUGACCGACAGGAACAACGAGAGACUUCAAGGCAUGUUGAUGAUCGCGAGGAACGACGAGAAACUUCAAUGCGCCGUAAUGAACAACCAGAACGACGAGAAAUUACAAGACGUGUUGAUGACCGCGAGGAACGCCGAGCCAUCGAAAUGCGUCUAGAUGACCGACAGGAACAACGAGAGAUUUCAAGACGUGUUGAUGAUCGUGAAGAACGACGAGAAACAUCAAUGCGCCGUGAUGAACAACCAGAACGACGAGAGAUUACAAGACGUGUUGAUGACCGCGAGGAACGCCGAGCCAUCGAAAUGCGUCUAGAUGACCGACAGGAACAACGAGAGAUUUCAAGACGUCUUGAUGAUCGUGAAGAACGACGAGAAACAUCAAUGCGCCGUGAUGAACAACCAGAACGACGAGAGAUUACAAGACGUGUUGAUGAUCGCGAGGAGCGCCGAGCCAUUGAAAUGCGUCUAGAUGACCGACAGGAACAACGAGAGAUUUCAAGACGUCUUGAUGAUCGUGAAAACCGACGAGAAACAUCAAUGCGCCGUGAUGAACAACCAGAACGGCGAGAGAUUACAAGACGUGUUGAUAACCGCGAGGAACGCCGAGCCAUCGAAAUGCGUCUAGAUGACCGAAAGGAACAACCAGAGAUUUCAAGACGUGUUGAUCGUGAAGAACGACGAGAAACAUCAAUGCGCCGUGAUGAACAACCCGAACGACGAGAGAUUACAAGACGUGUUGAUGACCGCGAGGAGCGCCAAGCCAUUGAAAUGCGUCUAGAUGACCGACAGGAAGAACAAGAGAUUACAAGACGUGUUGAUGACCGCGAAGAACGCCGUACCAUUAAAAUGCGUUUAGAUGACCGACAGGAACAACGAGAAAUUGCAAGACGUGUUGAUAGUCGCGAAGAACGACGAGAAAGUUCAAUGCGCCGUAAUGAACUACCAGAACGACGAGAGAUUACACGACGUGUUGAUAACCGCGAGGAACGCCGAGCCAUCGAAAUGCGUCUAGAUGACCGAAAGGAACAACCAGAGAUUUCAAGACGUGUUGAUCGUGAAGAACGACGAGAAACAUCAAUGCGCCGUGAUGAACAACCCGAACGACGAGAGAUUACAAGACGUGUUGAUGACCGCGAGGAACGCCGAACCAUUAAAAUGCGUUUCGAUGUCCAACAGGAACAACGAGAAAUUGCAAGACGUCUUGAUGAUCGCGAAGAACGACGAGAAACUUCAAUGCGCCGUAAUGAACAACCUGAACGACGAGAAAUUACAAGACGUGUUGAUGAUCGCGAGGAACGCCGAGUCAUUGAAAUGCGUCUAGAUGACCGACAGGAACAACUAGAGAUUUCAAGACGUCUUGAUGAUCGUGAAGACCGACGAGGAACAUCAAUGCGCCGUGAUGAACAACCAGAACGACGAGAGAUUACAAGACGUGUUGAUGACCGCGAGGAACGCCGAGCCAUCGAAAUGCGUCUACAUGACCGACAGGAACAACGAGAGAUUUCAAGACGUCUUGAUGAUCGUGAAGACCGACGAGAAACAUCAAUGCGGCGUGAUGAACAACCAGAACGACGAGAGAUUACAAGACGUGUUGAUGACCGCGAGGAGCGGCACGCCAUUGAAAUGCGUCUUGAUGACCGACAGGAACAACGGGAGACUUCAGGACGUGUUGAUGAUCGUAAAGAAAGACGUGAAACAUCAAUGCGCCGUGAUGAACAACCAGAAGGACGAGAGAUUACACGACGUGUUGAUGACCGCGAGGAACGCCGAGCCAUCGAAAUGCAUGUAGAUGACCGACGGCAAAAGUCAAAGCGCUUUGAUGUCAGAGAGGAACAGAAUGAUAUUGCUAGGCGUAGUAGUCGCCAGGUAUGGCAUGAUCGUAUAGAAAGUCGUGAUGAUUCAUGGGUAGAGAGAAGUCGUUUAGAAAAUGAACGCCCAGAAAUUGUGGUACGUGAGCUUUCUCGUGGAAUUGACAUCCGAGUAUUUGAACAGUUGCAAAGGCAAUCUACUGCUAAUGAAGUGAAAUCCAGCCCACUGACCAGGACUAACGUAAAUUGGAAACAUGGAUACAUUUUACUUGGACAAGGAACAAUUUUGGCUUUUGCCCUAAUGAAGGCGCUAAAGGACUAUGAGUUUAAAAUAAAGAGAGUUUCACAUCAACACAUUGGUGAUUCAGCAUUUCUCAUAGGAUUUUAAAAAUACAUACCAGCUACCAGAAUGACGAACAAUGAAACCGAUUACUUGGCUUACGAAUUGUAAAUAAUAUAAAGUGUACCUAAAGCAAAUCUGCGAAAUCGCUGUGUUAACGAAAAUAAUGAAAAUAUUUAAUAAUAGAAAAAUAGUUAUAAAGUUGUUAUGGAUUAAAAUAAAAUAACUUGUAAUCAUCUGUUGUUAUUUAUUGUAGUAUAUGCAAGUGUAUAUAUUUAUAUAUAAAUGAAUAUCGAUAUAUAAAAUAACUUUUCUGUAAAUUAAAAUAUUGUUCAAAUAAAGAAGCAAAUGAAAAUGA